AUGUCGCCACCGUGGCACCUAGGGGGGUUUGUCCUGAUCGCUACUGCCGCUUGUGGGCUGUCGACGCCCUUGCUGCGUUCCAAGGGGCUGCAGGAGCCGCUCUACACCGGAAAUGAUCCUGACGCUUGCAAGGACAUUGAACACCUGGUCGUGAGCAAGGGCUACCCGUUCGAGCGUCACCACGUGACCACGGACGACGGCUACGUCUUGGAGAUGCACCGCCUUCCCGGAGGCAGGCGGCCCUGCACGGAGCCCUGCCACAGGGAACCCGUGCUCCUGAUGACGGGCCUUGGCACGGACUCCGCGUCUUUCGUCGCGGACUUCCCGGACCAGUCUCUGGGGUUUCUGUUGGCAGACAUCGGGUACGACGUGUGGCUGGCCAACACGCGAGGAAACACGUUCGGAAAACAGCACGUCAACCUGUCCGUCAAGUCCAAACGCUUCUGGGACUUCUCCUUUCACGAGCAUGGCAUCUACGAUGCUCCGGCGCAGAUCGACUAUGUCCUCAAGGAGCGACAGCUCAGCUGUCUUCUUUACGUGGGCAUCUCUCAAGGCACCCUCAUGUUCUUCGUCAUGAUGUCCGAAAGGCCCGAGUACAACGCCAAGGUUAAGGCGUUCGUAGCUUUGGCACCAUUUCGGAAGUUCAACAAGUCGCCGCUGACAAUCGUGAAAGCUUUACCAGUCACGGAACGACUGCUUAGGCUGGCCGGAUACGCCAACCUGGACAAGCUGACUUCCCACAGUGUCCUGAACGCAUACACGGCCAAGGGAGUGUGCGGGUUGUCCGUGCAGAGCGUCUGCACUGCGUUGGCCGACAAGAUCAUGAACUUCGGCAGCAAGUACGCCAACAGGUCUAGGAUGCCUGUUUAUUUGUGCAAACUUCCCGCCGGCACGUCCAUGAAGAACUUGCAGCAUUUUUUGCAGCUCAUGAUCUCUAAGAAAUCUCAGAAGUUCGACUACGGCCCGGAGAAGAACGCCGAGAUCUACGGGCAGGCCGAGCCUCCGCUGUAUAGCCUAGACACGAUGACCACGGACGUGGGCGCCUUCUGGAGCCUCGGUGACAAGCUGGUCUUCCCGGACACCGUGGCCCAGCUCAUCGAGGACCUGGGACCCCGGGUCAAAAAGAACGUGUACAUCGACGACCCGGACUACACGCACAUCAAUUUUGUCAACGCCCUCAUCAACCCGGAAGUCCUCUUCCCCGACCUCCUGGAGUUCCUCGCACGCUACCUCGGACGUCCCUGCGAGCGCGGCCUGGAACCCCAUAUGAACGAAGAAUAAAAGAA